AUGAUAAUAACGCUGUGUCAACCACUUUUAGAUUAUCGUAUCACGGAUUGUGAUGAUCUCAUACAGCUUUUUCGUCUGAAUAACGAUGAUUAUAUGCGUAUACCAGAUGAAAAUACGCUGGCAAUGUUUAAUUCCAAGCCAAGAGUAAUGACGAGUCUGGGCGGAUCAUCUUUGAACACGGUAUUGAAGAUAAACGAAUGCUCAAACAUUGACGUGAAAUUUUUUGGCGCGAUUGGGUAUGAUCAGGACAACGAGGACUUAAACGGGUUGGUAGGAGAACACAGUGUCGGUUUUUACUUUGAUGAAAUUCCUUCACAUAAAACCGGGCACUGUUUUAUCAUUUUGAAGAAAUCCAAAAGAAUAUUGUGCACAUGGCAAGGUGCUAGUGAGCAUAUGCGACCUAGUUUCAUAGAGCAAAACCGAGAUGUGAUCGGCCAAGCUCAAAUAGCUUACCUCUCAGUUUUUAUCGUAUCGUUUGAUCGCAACACGGUAGAAUUGUUUUUGAAGUGUUUGCGCAAAGAUAUUGUGCUAGUGAUUAAUUUAGGAAGCGAAAAAUUGUACAGGGACGAUACGAUGGGAUUUAUUGAUACGCUUUUAAAAGACGCAAAGGUGAUCAUAGGGAAUAAAUCAGAGACAAAUGCGUUAAUCACAAAGAAGUUUGGGCCCUCAGUGUCUAUGGAGGAAGGAAUAAAUCAGAUAGCACAGAAUGAAACUGUUUUUAUCUGUACGGAUGGUCCGCAGAACGUAAAGUAUGCUUAUAAAGGUGAGAUUUACGAAGUGAAAGUUCCUACAAGCAAGCAGGUGUUUAAUGACACGUGUGGAGCGGGAGAUUCAUUUGCUGCUGGGGUUUUGGUAGGGUUACACGAAAAGCAAGCAAUCAGAGAAUGUGUUGAGCUGGGUAUUAAAUACGCGUCAGAGACUUUGGAGAAGAAUGAACAGAAUUUGAACGGAAGAACAGCUGAUGAGCGGAAAUCCAAGAAUACCAUUGGAGUUAAUUAA